CAUUCCAGGUUCCUAUGCAGUAUUGUUCUUUACAGCCCUGGAUUAUACUUUCACCACCAGACACAUCCACAACUGAGUGAUGUUUCUGCUUUAGCCCAGCCUAUUCAUUCUUUAUGGAGCUGUUUCUCUGCUCUUCCCUAGUAGUGUAUUGGACACUUACUGACCUGGGGGGCUCAUCUUCUGGUGUCCUAUCUUUUUGCCUUUUCAUUGUGUUCAUGGGGUUUUCAAGGCAAGAAUACUGAAGUGUUUUGCCAGUCUCUUCUCCAGCGGACCACGUUUUGUCAGGCCCUGACUAGCAGGGACGUGCCCUGCAGCCAUUCCCCGUAGCCGGACAGCAUGCUGGCUCCCUGGUUGUCCCACAGCUGGUCCUCACUGAGUCUGUAAACCUUUACUGGCCACCCAGUGUCGAUCAGCUUGCCACCUAGGGGCCUUGGCAGAAGCCAUGCUGAAGUACCCGGAAGGGGGCCUGGGGAGGCAGGAGCUGAGGUUGGAGCACACCCGGAGUGCGUGGUUCCUCAGCUUCACCGCUGCCACUGGCUGCCCUGGGGCUGAUCUGCCGCCCGCAUGACCCGCAGCCUGCCGAGCUCUGGGUCCUGUCUGUCCUCUCCUCUGGCUCCUCGGCCUUAUUAUUUAUUCAGCCCCAGCAAGCCCAGUCACCCCACAUCUGCCCCACACAGAUAUAGGUCAUGGUGCAGGCUAGAUAUGAUGGAGGAACUUUAAGGGAUGUUACCAGUGGACUGCUAUUAUUUGAGAUAUUACUUAGAGCAUUUCUUUAGAGAAAUGACCACAGGAGUUCAGGACUGGAAACAGAAACGCCAGAGGAGGCUGUGGAACGGACACCACAGACUGAUACUCCCUGGGCCAGGCUGGAGGCGGGAGGAGGGUGAGCUGCAGUCAGAUUCUAAGCUGGAGGUUUGUGUUGGGUGCUGUGUACUGGAGGGUGUCAAGGCAUGAGAGAAACGUGGGAGUCCCAGCUGGUCCGGGGUCUGAGUGUGAGCCCCCCGAUGGACGAAGCCCUCCUGGAAACAGAACUUGGGGAGCAGGCGGCAGAGGGGCCAGGCGUCCCUGUGACGUCUAAAUGCGAUUAAUCUGAGAUGCUGACUUGGUUUCAAGGUUCAAUUAGUACUUGAUACUCUUGAGUCUGGCAUUUCGGGAAAGGAUUACCAGAUAUAAAUGGUGUUUAAAGUCACAGGCCUAGGGUUGAGUGCGAAUAGAAAAGGAUGGCACCUUGGGGAGGCUGAGAGGACCGCAGCCUCCACCUCUUGGCUCAUUCCUGGAGGCUGUUGACUGAAAGAGAUGCACAGCAUGAGAUCUGAGAGUUCAGCUUGUUCGGUGCAAAACGAGGACCGUAACCGAGCAGUCUCGGAGGUACUGCUGAGGAGCUGCUCUGAAGAGAUGGGGCAGGGAGGCCAGCACUUCUGUUUUGCUGAAGGGGGUACCUGCAAUCAAGCACACGUUUUGGCAGGAAGUUGCUGCUCGUCACAAGGAAGAGGUGUCUCCAUGAUUUUAGCGCUCUUCUAGAUAUGAGAAAAGUGAACAACCCUAUACCUUCCAAUUUGAAAUCUGAAGCAAAAAAGGCUGCUAAAAUUCUAAGAGAAUUCACAGAAAUAACUUCCAGAAAUGGACCUGAUAAGAUCAUUCCUGCACAUGUCAUCGCCAAAGCCAAGGGCCUCGCCAUCCUUUCUGUGAUAAAGGCUGGGUUUCUGGUCACCGCGAGAGGAGGCAGCGGGAUCGUGCUGGCGCGCCUUCCAGACGGAAAAUGGUCUGCACCUUCAGCCAUCGGGAUAGCUGGGCUUGGUGGAGGAUUUGAACUAGGAAUAGAGGUAUCGGACUUGGUAAUAAUUUUGAACUAUGACAGAGCAGUAGAAGCUUUUGCCAAAGGUGGUAACCUGACACUUGGCGGGAACCUCACAGUGGCCGUUGGGCCCCUGGGAAGGAAUUUAGAAGGAAAUGUCUCCCUAAGAAGCUCAGCUGCCGUCUUUACUUACUGCAAGUCAAGAGGCCUCUUCGCCGGCAUAUCUUUAGAAGGCAGCUGUUUGAUUGAGAGGAAGGAAACUAACCGAAAAUUUUAUUGUCAAGACAUUCGAGCUUAUGACAUUUUAUUUGGCGAUAUACCACGGCCUGCUCAAGCAGAAGACCUUUAUGAAAUUCUUGACUCCUUUACUGAGAAGUAUGAAAGCGAAGGGCAACGAGUCAACGCCAGAAGAGCCGCCCGGGAGCAGAAGAAGGCUUCGGCUAAACUGCCUCCAAAACCAUCGUCAAGACCACAGCAAUCAUCUGCACAAGUGCAGCUGAGUUCUGGCUCUCAAAGUAGCAGAAACGAAUAUAACCUGUAUCCUGAACUUUCCAGCUAUCAUGAGAGAGUUGACAAUUCAAACCAACCCAUGGAAGUGACAGCACUAUAUUCUUUUGAAGGACAACAGCCAGGAGAUUUGAAUUUUCAAGCUGGAGACAGAAUCACAGUUCUAUCAAAAACAGACUCACAUUUCGAUUGGUGGGAAGGAAAGCUUCGAGGUCGAACUGGCAUUUUUCCAGCCAACUAUGUUGCCAUGAAUUAAAGUUUGUAUUAUUUUGUUCUUUGAGAAUUACAAAAAAAUUAGUUCUACACUGGAGGGAAUUACUAUUCAGUUAAAUGUUUAGUAUAAAUGUAAAGACACCUCUAUUUAUUCCUUAAACUUUUAUCUAGUAUGUAAAAGAUAUAUCUUUUAGCUUACAUAUCUUUACUUUCCAUUGAUUUUUAUCACACAUACUAUUUAAUAGUUGAUAUCACAUUUUUCUUGUGUUCAUUUGUCAAAUAUACACUAAACAUUUGAUUUGGCUGUGUAUAUGGUGACUUGAUUGUAUCUUGAGAAUCUAAGGAUUAAGGUAUGAAUACCACUUCAUAUAUUUGCAAAAUGACUAGAAAAGAAUAAAUCAGCUUAAAUAGUAUAUUAACUAAUACUCAGAGUUGGAGAUAUUGACUAGAAUAGUAAUCCUUAAAAAUUAUCUCUAUAUCUUCAAAAAUUAUAUAUAUAUGAAACCUCACAAAGAAUUUCAAAGAAAUUCAACUAUGCAUUAAAAAAAGAUGACAUCUGUUAGCUUUCCUUCUUUAUGAGGUGAUGCUUGUUCAUAUGUAGCAGUAGAAUAAAGUUAUGUUGAUAUGAUUCCAUUGUCUCUAAAUAAAUGUUUUUAAAAUGCUAA